GGUGCCCCCCUCGGGGCUGUGCCGCAGUGUCUCCCUCUCAUUGGCAUUCCUCUCUCGCCCCCCGUCCCCUCCUCCUCCUCCUCCUCCUCCUCCUCCUCCUCCUCCGGCGGCGGUCCGGGAGGGGAGGGGGCUGGAGGGGAGGGCCCAGCCUGGGAGCAUCUCCACAGUCCCGGAUGCCGCAUGACUUCAUCCUUCCGCCGGGUCCCCUCCUGCCGUAGGGGUCCCCCAGCUCCUGGGCCUCGCACCCCCUCUUCCCCCUCCUCCCUCCCCUUCCUCCUCCCCUUCCUCCUCCUCCUCCUCCUCCUCUUCCUCCUCCUCCGGGGAGCCCCCCGGCCCUUCACCAUGUCCGAGAUCCUGCCCUACGGCGAGGACAAGAUGGGCCGCUUCGGGCCCGACCCCGAAGGGCCCGACCUCUCCUUCGGUUGCCGCCUGCAGGACCCCAACGCCUUCUUCGCGGCCAACCAGGCCAAGAGGCCGCCCAAGCUGGGCCAGAUCGGACGGGCCAAGAGAGUGGUGAUCGAGGAUGACCGGAUAGACGACGUCCUGAAGGGGAUGGGGGAGAAGCCGCCGCCUGGAGUGUAGGGGACGCCCCCCCCCCGAGCCCCGGCCCGGACCGCUGGACGGCGUCGAGGCCGCCGGCGUCCCCUUCGUCGGUUUCCCGCCUUCCUGGUGUCCGGCCUGGAGCUGUCCGCUUCAGCACCGUGGAGGCUGGGGGACCCCCCCCCCUUUCACCCCCUCUCCCCCCUCUCCCCUCUCCCAAAGCCCCCCACCCAAAAAGCCCCCCGACUCACGCACUUUAGGCCGCGGCCUCGCACACGGACACGGGAAGGCCAGGGCCUAGGCCUCCCCGGGAGCCCCAGACUGCCCCCCGGGUCCCCCCCCCCGG